CGAUGAAUCACAUUUUGCCAUUUUUCCAACUCUACGCGCCUUUAUCAGGCGCUGCAUCAUGGGAUAACGUAGGCAUCCUGAUUCCCAGCAACAUCGAGAAUAACGACAGAAAAUAUCUUUUAACGAUCGAUUUUACUCCGCAAGUCCUGAGAGAAUGCAUUGAGAAGAACAUAAAAAAGGUAAUAUCGUACCAUCCUGUGCUGUUUAACGCGCAAAGAGACGUUGGUUUGUUCACAGCUGCUAUUAUUGAGAAUCACAUCAGCGUUUUUUCACCACACACGGCGCUGGAUAACCUCAUGAAUACGACCUUGCUGUCAAAACUUGGAUGUUUCGGUAUUGAAGUGGCAGACUCUGUGGCUGUGGGUAAUAACGGAAACCGGAUGAGUGUUAUCAUUGAUAGGCUGAAAAAGACAUGCAAUGCCAAGGAGAUAAGAUUGGCACUGUCUGAUAUACACCGUAUGGAUAGCAUCCCGCCCUAUGUGUACGUGGGUGUUGGGAGCGCACAUUUUGGUGGCGGUGAAAACUCGGUAAUAAUUACCGGUGAAAUGACGCACCACAAUAUUCUGAAGCACAAAAAAUUUAAUACCAUCAUGAUGCUGGAGCAUUGCAGAAGUGAGAGGUGGUUCUUGGAGCACUUGAAAGGGAUGAUGGAGGACAAAAUACCAGGUGUGCAGGUUAUUGUGUCAGAAAAUGAUGCAAGUCCGAUAAGUUUUGUGUAGGGUCGUGGUAAGACCUGUGUGAUGGAGCAAAAAUAAAUUUAAAAUCUAU